CUGCGUGACGAUGGUACCAGCGCUACGUCGGGUGACUUUCACGAAGUUCAGAUUGCUGCUGCAGAUGUUAAUCAGCAAGAGGCAUGCAAUACAGGUGAAAUGAUUCCCAAAAAUAACGACUGCAGUAGCUACUAUGAAUGCGUCAAUGGACAAUAUGAGCUGCGAUUGUGUCCAAGCGGAUAUUUCUUCGAUCCAGCGGUAAGUCUAUCAUAG